CCCUUAGAUGUUUUUUGAAACAUGUAGUUAGUGUGACAUUUUUGUAUAAAAUACUCCCUCCUUAACAUGUGGGACUGUAGAGUCUGAAUUUCCUGUUAAGUUGUAAGCUGUCAGACUGAAUAUUAUAAACAGAUAUUGAUAUUUUCUUCCAUUGUUUAAUACUUUCUGACAGUAUUUCUGCACCUACCCUUCCCUUCAAUAAAUUAUCCAGCAAUUGAUAAAGUAUUUGUAGAUAUAACGAUAUAGUCCAAAAUGUGACAAAAUUUAAAUGUUCUUAAACUUUCACAAGUACCACUGAUCCACCACUACUUAAUUUUAACUAAUAACAUUUGAUGUUGCAAAUUGUUGUAGUCAUUAUGUAAACUGUCUGAUUCCUCGCAAUAAACAUUAUUUCAUUACUGAGAGAAACUUAAUGAAAGGUUUAAAACAGUGUGAAAGAGCACUAAAACUCCUUACUUUUCAGGGGAAACGGCAACAAUUUACUGCCAGUCACUGAAGACCCACAACAGGACGUACGUGGAAGGGGUAGGUAACCCAACAGAGGUGGCAAUAGACUGGAUCACAAAGAACAUCUACUAUGUGAAUGAUGUGCCUGUUGGGCAAAGUGACAUACAGGUGUGCCACCUGACUGAGAAGCUCUGUGCUGUUGUGGUGACGGCCGAACGUGGCAGUAAGAUUGGCAACAUUGCAGUAGAUCCACUUGCUGGAUAUCUGUUUUGGACAGAAAUGAGCACUUUGAUAAAAAAUGGAGUGUCCGGCAGCAUUAGGAGGGCAGACCUUGCUGGAGGCAGCAGGACAGUUCUGGUGCAGUCAGGCCUCGGUUUGCCGAGUGGCCUGGCUCUGGACACGGUGCGGUGCACCAUCUACUGGACGGACACCUCCUUCCAGGUUGUAGAGUCAGCGACAUAUGACGGCGAAGAGAGGACAGCAGAGUUCACAUCGGAGGUAAAGAGACCCAAAAGGCUGGUGCUGUUUGAGGAUGAGCUCUACUGGCUGCCAGAGCAUUCGGGCUUUGUGACGAAAUGCAAGCUGUUCGCAAAGGUAAAGAGGUGUCGGAGCAUCCACAUAAACGUCUAUGACGGAGACUACCUGACCGUCAUGCAGCAGUCACGGCAGAGAGCUGGCACGAACCCCUGCGAGCAUCACCACUGCUCCCAUAUGUGCGCAAUCAAUCCUCAAGGUGCCAAGUGCCUGUGUGCAGACGGGCAGAUUGUAGGUGAAAACAUCCGCUGCAAGAAUGAGGGUGCAAAGGCCUCGGAACCGUGAUUUGUCCUCCCAGGAAUUGUGGGUGGUUUGAAAACCACUACGGUUGCUGACUGGCUGAGUGAAAAGUCUGAUACCUCUGUGCUGAUAGCACUUGUGAUUGUAAUGUUGGUGGUGUGUCUGGCGGCUGUUCUGUACUACAUAUACAAGAGGCAGCUGGUCAUAUUCAGGGACUUGGAUUCAAGGAUUUGCUUCAAGAAAUCUGGAUUUACUGGUAGUAGGCAGCCUAAAUCUGCUUCAAAAAGUGCCAGAGCUUCUUAUUCCGCUGAACAAGAGUUUGUGAACCUACUAGAAGGUGAUUUCAUCUCAAAUCGUACAAAUAAAGAGUGAAUGUGUCAAGUCACUAUUUCAAACUUUGCUUAAAAAAUAUAUGUGUAAGUUCCACAUGGUACCUCUCCAA